GGGCUGUUGCUCUUUCUAUCUUUAUCCCUCUUUUAAUUUGGACACUGGGGAGAAAUAAAUAGCUCAACACACACUGUUGGGAGGCAAAUGAAUGGAGGAGACUUGGGGGGAUUUCCCAAGCCUGCAUUUACACCAUUGGAUAUGGACACAAGUUCUGAAUGGACCAAAUUGCAUUUAGCAUAAUAUUUCUGAAUUACAUUUUGUAAUAUCUAUUUUUUUUCUGAAGAUCUUGGACUAUUUUGUGGAAUUUUACAAAGGGGGAAAAUCACAUCCUAUCUUUGGCUCAAGCAUGUGCUCUUUAAUAUUACUUCAUCAGUGGAGCUUGGCUGUGUUCUUGCUGUUCUCCCCAGUGACUCUUGAUGGGAAACCAGUUGAUGCACUUAUUAAAAGAACGAGGAGGUCAGUCAGCCACGCGCAGCUGAUGCAUGACAAGAGCCGUUCCAUGCACGAAUUCAGACGCCGCAUGUUGCUACAGGAGCUGCUGGAGGAGGUACACACGGCUGAUGAGCGUGCACUGCCUGCACAGACCAGAACCCCGAGCCAAACUUUUAGCGGAAAUGCUCUACACCAGAAGCCACAAGAGGCCACCAAGGACCUCCUUGAGAAGUUCAGGCUGGACAGGGAGGGCACUAAUCUCCCUCAGGAGACCAACAAGGGCAUAGCUUAUAAGGACCAGCCACUAAAAGUUGCUACAAAAAGGAAGAAAAAGGUGAGGUUUGGCCGGCGCAGAGAUAAUGAAAAGAAGAGGUGGCGCGCACGGUCUGCCAUUGCAAAGGGGCCACGAGGGACACAGAAUCCUGCCUAAAAUACCCCAGACCUUCUAUAGUGCUGCACUAAAACACUGACACUGACUGACUGAUACCUGACAGACUGUUUAUGGUGCCAGGGUGGUGCUUGUAUAAUAAUGUUGUAUUUUUGUUUCCUCAAACUUCCUGAAGUAUCACCAUGACAUCCUCUUAGGUCCAUACAGUAUUUAUUUGGAAUUUCUUGUCACCUUUACAACUCUGACAUCCUGCAAAACAGUGACAUACUUUGCAAUGUCUAACCAGCUGUGCAGAGACGGAGCACAGGAGGAAGUAUUUAUUUCCAACGUAUAACAAGCAAAGGAAUUGCUGAGAGAUCUGAUUUUGUUUGGCUCUGUGUGCAUAAACUAUCAUGGACAUGGAGUCACAAAAACCUGUAAAAACUGUGUAAUUAAUACAUCUGUUCAAAUAGUUCUGCCAUAAUUUAUUUCACUUUGAAAAUGUUUAUUAUUUUGUGAAUGUAUCAUGGUGCUGCUGACUAAAUUCCAUUAUGCACUUUAGUUACAUCCUGUAUACGUUCUUUUGUGGUUGAAUUUUAUCUUAGUAACUCUUGUUGAUAGUACUACUUUUCCUUUCCCACCUCAGAUCUCUCAUGGACUAAUAACUUAUUGGAGGCUUCGUUAGAACUUAUUAUCAUUUCACUUAGUUUAUUUUCCUGUAAUAAGCCAGAGUCAGAGGCUAUUAGACUCAAUGUUCUGCACUUGCACUGAGGGAAUG